AUGGGGCAGUCCAGCAUGGAAGAGGCCCCAGGCUCCACCCUCUCCUUAUCCCGCGCCUUUUGGACUCCAAACUUCGGACCGCAGGGAGCCAGGCCGCAGCGGCAGAAGCUUGUGGGGACGGCUCUCUCAAGAAGUACUGGAGGGCAGGGAAAUCGGAAAGCUUUGAAUUUUGGCAACCAGAAGUUCAACCUCCACGAGGCCGGGAAAAAGUUCGAACCCAAAGCUCGCAAUCCAGUUCCUGGUUCCACCGACGUUUGCCUGAUCACAGAAACUCCUCUGCAUGUGGUGAUGGAACACCUAAAGGCCUGUGAUGUUCCUGUUGAAGAAGGCCCUGUGUCUAGAACUGGCGCUGUGGGGAAAAUCCUGUCUGUCUAUUUCCGGGACCCUGACGGAAACCUAAUUGAGGUUUCCAACUACACCACAGAAGUGAACUCUAGUUUUCAAUAG